CCCCAAAUUAGUUAAAAUAUUAACUAUGGCAUGUUGUCUCUCUGGCUUCCUUUGAUUCUGACGCUUUCUGCUGCAUGUUGGCGUACUUGUGAACACAGCCUUUUUGAAAAUCUAUAAACAUGUAGCAUGUUUCGCUUAUAAUUUUUAAUUAACACAACCGUGCACUUCAACUGUUUUGAUUAAUUUCAUUGUAUACCUGAUAUGUUCCUGAUAUUUAUGAUGUCAAAGCGGAAACCAACACAGUAAACGGUAAGGCUUAAUCCAUUUCUAUUAUUCUUAACUAGCACUUCAAGUGGUCGACUCGAAAAGUACAUAUGGAAACGGGACGCUUGCGUAAAAGAGUUUUCAUUGCAGUUGUUUUGCGGAGAUGUUUAAUGUGGGCGUCUUGAUGUGGCCUGAGUACAUUAUUACAAAAUUACUUCUUGCUUCACAUAAAAACAGAGAAAAUGGAAAGUAUUGACAACAUUCUAGUAAUAAAUCAGGAAUUUUUGGCGGACUCACCCGAUUCAAUAUCUUUAUCUAGAGGAGAUCUAGUGGAAAUUUUAAAAACAACUGAGGGCGAUGCGUUUUCGAGAGAGAAAUUACGUGACUUUAAGCCAGAGCUUAACUCGAGGUGGUAUGUGAGAUUAUUUGGUUCAACUGAAAAUGGCAAAGAAGGAUGGAUUCCUACCAAUAUAUUGGAUUUUUCCAAUGAUUCCGUAUCUGUCUUCGGUAAUAAAGGAGACGACGCAAAUUUUCGAAUGUUAGCAACUGUAAGAGAACUAAUUGAAACGGAAGAAGAAUUUUCUAGAGACCUACAAAAUAUUGUUGAUCGUUAUAUCAAAGCCGUUGACAAAAUUGCUGCUCCACGAAUUGUUCGCGAUAGCAAGGACAUCAUUUUUUCAAAUUUUGAACAGAUUGCUGAAUUUCAUAAUAUGAUUUUAAUUGAAGGACUUAAAUAUUACUCAGAGCAACCUAAUCUGAUAGCUAAAACAUUUCUUAGACUUGAAAGAGAUUUCGACAAACACCUAAAAUAUUGUGCAGCCGAGCCCUUAGCACAGGCUUUCCUUCAGGAGAAUAAAGAAGCCAACGAAUAUUUUCAGCAAAUAUCCAAGGCGAUUGGGGACGACAAAAAUCUGUGCGAACACUUAAAGCUACCAAUUCAGAGAAUAAAUGACUACCAGUUUUUAUUAAAGGAAUUAAUAAAGUACUCACAUAAUGUGCCUGAAAAUACUAAAGACUUACAAAAAGCCUUGGAACUAAUGCUUAGCGUUCCUAAUAGAGCAUUUCAUAAUAAACUUUUAUCUAGCAUAGAAGGAUAUAGAGGUAAUAUAUAUAAAAUCGGACGUUUACUUAACCACGAUUGGUGGACUAUAAAAGAUUCUGCUCAAAAAUCUCACGAUCGAUAUUUAUUUUUAUUUAAAUCGAGGAUUUUAAUCUCUAAUCUAAGGAAAAUAAAUGAAGAACGGUCAAUUUUUGUUUUACAAAACAUUAUUAAACUACCAGACUGCAAUAUUGAGAAUAAUGUCGCCGAAAAUGUGUUAUACAUAACAGGAAAACCGGGAAAGCAAAACACAUGUUUGCCAAUUACAUUAAAACCUCACAAAAUAGAUAUACGGGAACGAUGGUUUCAAGAAAUUGUUUCAUACAUAGAUGAUGAAUCGGCAUUACAGGAACAUUUUGCUGAUGAUUUGCGUAUUGAUUCCUCACAAGUACUGCAUGAAAAUGAGUUACUUCUUCACUUACCGCAGAAGGCUGAGGCACAUAAUCCCUAUUCUGGAAUAAAAGCCUCAGAUGUGGCCCAUGAUUACUAUUUAACUGACGAAGAAAGGAAAAAAUACUUAGAAGAACAGACAAUUUUGCUUUCGAACAGAAAUAAACAACAACAUGAAGCAGUUGAGAGUAAAAUAUUUGAAGAGAAUAAACACUCACUUAUUAAAACUGAGGAAUCACGUGUGAAGGAAAAAGAAAAAUGCUUAGAAGAUCAUACACAAUUGCAUCCAGAUAGAAAUAUACAGCAUUUUGAGAGUACAAUAACAAAAGAGAAUGAAAGCUCUCUUACUAAAAGUAAUGAAUUAUUUGAGGAAGAAAGGAUAGACUUUUCCGAUAUGGUAACAGAAAAUGCUUUGUUAUCGAAAAAGAAAGAUGAUUCCAUAAAUAAUGCAAAUGAUACAAUGCUGAUUGAAAAAGAUGUAAUUUUGAACCAACAGUGUAGGGAUGCAUCAACUGAUGAUAUAGAAUUAAUUAAUAAAUGUAAGGAUUUUUCCAAUAUUAGAAUGUUAUCCGAUGGAUCUGUUGGUAAGAAUAGCGAAAUAUCAAAUAAUUCACAAAUUAAGUCCUCACUAAAUUUAUUAUCACCGCCAUUGUCAAAAAUUAAUGAGACACCUAAAGAAGUAGCGAGCAGUAAAAAAAUUACUUUAAGUGAUAUUCCUUUUUAUACUGAAUCAUCCAAAUUUAUUAUUAACACUACAGCAGCUUCAGACGAAAAUAAUAGUAAAUCAACAAAUAUGAAUGUUACUAACAUAAAGGAUAGUGCUUCUUUGCAGCAAUGGUCUAAUACUUUAACGAACCUAAUCAGUUUGCCAUAUCAAGGCGGAGGAACUUCAAACCCUCCUCCGCCUUUGCCGCCUAACUUUCAUCGCAUGCCUGGCUUCUUUGAACCUUUACCACGCAUAUCAUACGAAACUUCAAUUGAAAUUUUAAUAGUAAAAGCUCGUCCACCUUCGCCACCUCCUUUGCCGCAAUCUAUAAAAAAGCUUAUAGUGCAUAACGAAAGCUUAGAGCAAAAAUCUGAAAACUUCUUAAAAGGAAUUUAUGACUCCCAAAAUUUUGAUACUUCAGUUCAUACGGCUAAACAAAAAUUACGUUUUAUUAAAAGCGCUGUAAUUAAAUCAACUGAUUCCACUAAAUACGCUGAAGAUACAGUUAAAAAAGCUAAAGCUCGUGAUUUUCUACACAUAUUUACUCCUCCAUUGAAAACUAAAAGACCCAUCUACGAGAUCGUGGAAGUUCCAUAUACUAACGACCAAUCCCAAGAACACAUUGAAAAUAUUCAUGAGGAACACAAGGAAGUAGGCACAGAAAUUGAAGUAACAGACUCAAACAUUUCCAAAAUGGAAGACUAUACAACUGGAUAUUCUGCUAAAUAUUCGCGGAGGCGCGCUGAAUUGAGUUCGACCACUCGAGAUUAUGAGAGAGGUUCUUCAUAUGACAAUUACGGAGACAAUUUGAGAAGUACGGCAAGCUCAAGAGUAGAGAGGAGGAAACAAGACGAUCAUAGAUCUAUAUUUUCCUCAAGCCGAGCAGAAAGCAGAAAUGAAGAAUACUAUGGGUCGAGAAUCGCAACGCGAUCAUCCUCACGCAUGAUGGAAGAAAACAAUUUAAAAUCGUUAGAAAAACCCGAAAUUCUUCGACCAGCAAAAAGCGCUCAGGUUAAACCUGGAGAGUCUGCUCAUUUCGAGGUACAAUUUGUUGAAAAACCAGGAUUAGUGGUUUGGUUAAAAGAUAACAAGCCCUUGGAAGAUAAACUUGCUGACCGAGUUGUGCAAACAGAAGCAGCGAUGAAUUCAUACCGACUGGAUAUUAAAAAUUGCAGUGAGUCUGAUGCUGGUACUUACACUGCAAAAGCAAUAUCUGGAAUUGAAAACGUGACAUGUUCCGCCCAACUUGCAGUAGGACAAGGUAAGUCUAAAAUUGACAAAAUUUUUGUUUUUUUAUAAUCACCAGAAGAAAAAUUGGAAUAUAUAACUUUUCAAAGAUCUAAACAUUUAAAUUCGUUGUCGGUUUAUUUUUAUCCUUUGAAGCGAAUGACUAUGCU